AUGAGGCUGUUAUACAAAAGUGGACCAAUGGAGUCUCUCAGAAAAUGGUUCUACAAACCAAAGAGGGAUGACAGUUCUCUACUAGCGCAGUUCUUCUUUGCCGAUGACGCGCUUAAUUUGAUAGCUGCUGAGUUGGACUCUUUCGAUGGUCGAAAGGACCCAGAGAGAUGUUCUACUCUCGUGAACCAACUACGUCAUGCACAGGAUAGAGUUCUCAACAUCACUAGUCAGAUAAUGGACCAAGUUCUCGGAGAUGAGAGAGUCGCUCGCGGCUUCCGUGUCAAAUUCCCAGAGGACGUACUACAGGAUAAUCUGGCUGGUCAGCUGUGGUUUGGGGCUGAGUGCCUGGCAGCUGGUUCGUCUAUAAUGAAUAGGGAGGAAGAGUCGGCAGCUAUGAGACCGUUGGCUAAGGCUUUGACCAGAAGUCUUGAAACUGUGAGAUCGUUACUCAGAGAACAAUGUCUCCGCCCGCGUGGUCUGGCCCUACAAGAUCAUGACGACAUGCUCCACGAGAGUUUGAGGAUAUUUGAUAGAUUGUUCGCUGAAUUCGAACUAUGUUACGUGAGUGCGAUGGUAAAUGUCAAGACACCACACGAGUUUGAGGCCCAGCAGUUGAUAUGUGUCUUGUUCUCUGAGAGUCUAAGACGAGCUCUCAAACAGAGUCUGCUUACACAAGAACAGGUGGAUUCAUAUGACCCAGCGCUAAUGUUCGCUGUUCCACGUCUCGCCAUAGUUAGCGGUCUCUUGAUAUAUUCUAGCGGACCUCUCAGUAUAGACAAACCACCUGAGGAGAUGUCCGACAUGUUCCGUCCCUUUCGCACCCUUCUUCAUAAAAUUCGUUCUCUCCUCUGGACAUUGGAUCGACGGGAACUACUCGUACUUGAACGAUUGUUAUGUACUAACGAAGACGUUUCCAGUCUCGCAGGGCUUGAUAUACCCGCUGAUGAUUCAACGGCUGAUUCAUGUUAUCCUGAUAUUGGCGAGUUCGUGUCUAAAUUCUACGCGGAUAACGUGCACUGCCGGGAUCUGUACACCCAGAGUUCAAGCGAGCAUUUGAUAACAGACGCCGAUUACCUUCCCGACAACAUAGAGGUCAUGACUCCGAUCAUUGAAGGACUGAAACGUCUCACAGAGGACAUCGAUGAAUCUGAACGAGAAUCCAUCGAUAUCGACAAUAAACUUACAGAUAAGGACAGCACUAGCACUGAUACAUUCCAAUCAACCGAGAGCAAGGAAUUUGAUAAAAUGCGGAAGAUAAGUAGGGCGGAAAGUGAUUUAUCGUCGCUGAGAAAUCUAUCGACAAAUGGUCUCAUGAUGUUCGAUCCGUUGGUUAUAAAUGCGGUGUCAGCAUCGACAUCAGAUCGACAAAUCCCGGACCAAGAUUUAGUCACAUCACUAAACGAGCAAGUCACUGAAAUAGCGGAUAGAUUAUCAUCAAUAGUUAGUGACGUGGAUAUACACGAUCACCAAAUACAUUCGUUUUCAACCAACGAUGUACCAUCUCUGAUAUCGAAUGAGAAUUCUGAAGAUUUCGGGUUUAGUGGUCCAAGGAAUGAACAAUUAAGUUGUAUGCCAUCUACUAGUCAUGGUUAUUUGAUACCAAACGCUAUAAGUCAAGAGCCCGUAGUACUAGCGUCGCUAUCACACAAUAACUCCGCUGUGUUCAACCAAGACGAGAACAAUGAUAUUAACGGUGCAAUACUGAAUUCUGAUCUCCCAUUAAUACUAACCGAUAAUAUUGACGCUGAUAUUGUAAAUACUAAUAUAUCAAUAGCUAACGUGAAUCUUAGUUCACUGUUGUUGACGAACGAGGAAUUCAGACAGAAUUUUAUAGAAAACGAAAAUGAUGGUGAUAAUACAAGCUUCCAUUCAGCAAAAAUGACGAUGGAUAAAGACGAAAGGGUGAAAUUCAUGCUCGGCUACGAUAGUGAUCACGAAUCACCUGUAGAUUCAGGUGUUAGUACUGAAAAUACAAGCUUAGAUAGAUCACCCGAUACGGACCAGAAUAAAGAUAUCAAAUCAAACUAUUUCAUGCAACAGAACAGGGUAUUAAAAAGUCCGACAGACGAGCGGAUACAGAAAGAAAACGUUCUAGAAAGUUCCUUCUCCGAUGUAAGAGAUGAUGUAAAUAUAAAUUACGUUGAAGAUGACUCACAGAAGAAUGAAGCGUCGUCUAGCGUUAUAGAUAGGUUGAGCGACGACGGACUAAACGAAGCUACUAAUGUUAAUGUACAGAAUUGGAACACAAAUGAACCACAAGAAGAUAUAAGGACCAUAGAGGAUGUUAUAACAGGACUAAGAAGACAUAGAGAAGCUGAUAAGAAGAAUACGUUAGAAGGAACCAACGAACCGAACUGUUCAACAAGCACGAGACGGAAAAGGAAGUCGAGCACCAAAAAGAAAAAGAAAAAAAUGUGGUCGCCCGGCAUCGUUAUACUCGAUAAUAGAUCUAACCAAAACCAAAGUCCUUUAAGAUUGAACCUGGAUCACUUUGUCGAGAAUACAUCUUGCAGUACGUCCGAGUGCGCUGACGACGAGCAGAUCGCCCUCGCGCUUCAAGCACAGGAACUAGCAGCAAGAAGACGGGCCAGGGAUAAGUUCAAGUCAUCCGAGGAUCUCAUACAUCGUCUGUUCGUAUGUAUAGCCGGGGUCGCUGACCAGUUGCAGACUAACUUCGCAGCUGAUCUACGCAAUAUAUUGAAGGCUGUCUUCCUCAUGAACCAAACGGCGGAAGUACCGGAAAGCAUAGAAUAUCAGGCUGGCGAGGAUCAGGUCAUACAGAACGGAAGUUCGUUCGACAGCGUUUAUUCGGCUGAGGAGGUGUACGCGGACAGUAACUCCGACUCUACAUCAGAGCCAUCUAGAGUCGCGCGACGUAACACAGUCAACUCUACUAUGAACGAGCCCAAUGUUAGCGAUAGACGUAAAUCAGCUGAUACUAUGCAAGCCUCUGUGUCAACGGGAGAUCUAACAUAUAGGGAUGAUACGUCUUCAUCAUCAGUAGUGGAGCGAGCCCCAGAGUGGGUCCCUGAUAUAGCGGCGCCCGCCUGUAUGAGAUGCUCCUCACACUUCACGGCCUUCAGGCGCAGGCAUCACUGUAGGAACUGUGGUAAAGUCUUCUGUGCUUCGUGCAGCUCAAAUUCAAUACCAUUACCGAGAUUUGGUCAGUUGAAGCCGGUGCGUGUGUGUGAGGAGUGCUAUCAGACCAACUGCGGGAGACAGACGAAUCGGUGA